CUGGGCCCAUAAAAAAGAAAGUACACUUAGACCCGACCCCGCUGAACGCUGUUAGAAACCGUCCUGGCUGGGAGGCAAGAGGUGUGUGACUGGACAAGACUCCUUUCUGGCCGUCAGUCUUGCCAUCCUCACAAAGAGGUUGGCGGCCCGAGAGAGUGUGAAGCAGAGGCGGGGAGUGGCAAGGGAGUGACCAUCUAGGGGAACGAAAGAGUAAACGCGGUGAUGGGACGCACAGAAUUGGGAGUGGAGAAAGUCACGGAGAGAACCUUAGGCGGGACGGUCCCCGCGGAAAGGCGGCGGCUCCAGAAUCUCCUCACCCAAGUAAAAGCUGGCACGCCCCGCCCCGCAGGCCCCGCCCCGGGCCCCGCCCCCGAAACUUGUGCCGCGCCGCCGCCCGCGCGGAGCCACACUGCAAAGCCCUGCUGUUCAAGCCUUGAGAUCGACCGUCCGCGUUGGUCCUGCUCGCCCGACGCUCCCUCCUCCAGCAGAUACACACAGCCGCACGCACUCUCGUGUUCUCCCUGAGGCUUGGACACAUAGUAUGACCAUUAGGUGUUUCGUCUCCCACCCAUUUUCUAUGGAAAACCAAGGGGAUCAGGCCAUGACAGCCACUGGCAGCUUUGAAGAACGGGACACCUUUAGAGAAGCUUGAUCUUGGAGGCCUCACCGUGAGACCUUACAAAGCCAGUUCCAGACCCGUGGAAACCAUUCCUGCCUAGACAUCCAGAAGAUAAGCGUGUGGAUUCCGGCAGAGUUCCUCUAUCUCGUCUUGUUACUGAUUAAAGGUGCCCCAUCUCCGGUUUUUCUCCAUCUCCUGGGAGGUAGCAGGAAAUCAGCAUCAUGGUUGGGUUCAAGGCCACAGAUAUCCCCCCUACUGCCACUGUGAAGUUUCUUGGGGCUGGCACAGCUGCCUGCAUCGCAGAUCUCAUCACCUUUCCUCUGGAUACUGCUAAAGUCCGGUUACAGAUCCAAGGAGAAAGUCAGGGGCCAGUGCACGCUACAGCCGGCGCCCAGUACCGCGGUGUGCUGGGCACCAUUCUGACCAUGGUGCGUACCGAGGGCCCCCGAAGCCUCUACAAUGGACUGGUUGCCGGCCUGCAGCGUCAAAUGAGCUUUGCCUCUGUCCGCAUUGGCCUGUAUGACUCUGUCAAACAGUUCUACACCAAGGGCUCUGAGCAUGCCAGCAUUGGGAGCCGCCUCCUAGCAGGCAGCACCACAGGUGCCCUGGCUGUGGCUGUGGCCCAGCCCACGGAUGUGGUAAAGGUCCGGUUCCAAGCUCAGGCCCGGGCUGGAGGUGGUCGGAGAUACCAAAGCACCGUCGAUGCCUACAAGACCAUUGCCCAAGAGGAAGGGUUUGGGGGCCUCUGGAAAGGGACCUCUCCCAAUGUUGCUCGUAAUGCCAUUGUCAACUGUGCUGAGCUGGUGACCUAUGACCUCAUCAAGGAUGCCCUUCUGAAAGCCAACCUCAUGACAGAUGACCUCCCUUGCCACUUCACUUCCGCCUUUGGGGCAGGCUUCUGCACCACUGUCAUCGCCUCCCCUGUAGACGUGGUCAAGACGAGAUACAUGAACUCUGCCCUGGGCCAGUACAGCAGCGCUGGCCACUGUGCCCUCACCAUGCUCCAGAAGGAGGGACCCCGAGCCUUCUACAAAGGGUUCAUGCCCUCCUUUCUCCGCUUGGGUUCCUGGAACGUGGUGAUGUUCGUCACCUAUGAGCAGCUGAAACGGGCCCUCAUGGCCGCCUGCACUUCCCGAGAGGCUCCCUUCUGAGCCUCUCCUGCUGCUGACCUGAUCACCUCUGGCUUUGGCUCUAGCCGGGCCAUGCUUUCCUUUUCUUCCUUCUUUCCCUUCCCUCCUUCCCUCUUUCCCCGCCUCUCUCUUCCGUGCCUUUACCCACCACCUUCCCUCUCUCCACAUUGUCAUCUCCUCAUUGUCUCUCAGUGCUGGUGGAGCUGACAUUUGACAGUGUGGGAGGCCUGGUACCAGCCAGGAUCCCAAGCCUCCCAUCCCUUGGAACAUUCAGCCAGAAUCUUCGUCCUGCCCCCCGCAGCCCACCCUAGCCCACUUGUCACCCAUAAAGCAAGCUCAACCUUGGUGUCU